GCACCGAACGCGCAGCGCGGAGACGCGCUCAUUAAAACUCAGAUCAGUCUGACGGCGGCUGUUUCUCCUCUCAUGCGCUUUUAGAAGUGAACUUCAUUGUAGUGUUGUGAUAAAUGGCUCUGUGUGCGAUAGUGUUGGUCUGUCUGUGCGGUGUGCUGAGGGCACAGGAGACGACAGAUCCCAUCUCACUGGAUGACUGUUGUAAAGAUGGUAAAGACAGGGGUCAAGAGUCACAGGACUGCUCCAGCCUGCCGCUCAUCUCCGAAUCCACCACCUGCAGGAUAGCUCAGGAACAGUGUUGUGCUGCAGUUCUUGAAGACCACACCUGUACCACCGGCAUUAACAUGGCGAAGGACCAGGGAAGCUGUGAUGCUCUUUUAUCCAGCAGUACAUGUGAAACAAAGACUGCCAAGAUGUGUUGUGAGUGUUGUUUGCUCGGCCGGGCGGCUCAGGAACGCGGGCUGUCGUGUGACCUCAGUCUCCCGGUGGGGUAUCAGUGCGGUCUGGUGUCUCGGGCGUGUUGUGUCGACCGCUCGCCCAGCGCUGACGUCAACUCUACAGAUGGUGAGACACAAACAGCACUGCUUACAGAGGUCACAUCAUAGAAAACAAGAGCAACCCAGCGCUGUUUAAAAAUGCUGUUUAUUGAUGGGUCGGGCUGCUCAGACAUUAAUGAGUGUUUGUUGGGCGCUCAUCUCUGUCGCUCUGGUGAACGCUGUAUUAACACCGUGGCUUCAUAUCGCUGUCAGAGGGAGGUGAGCUGUGGAACGGGUUAUGAACUCACAGACAACAACAAAUGUGAAGACAUUGAUGAGUGCGAGUUAGGUUCUCAUAACUGCGCAGCCGGACUGGAAUGUCAGAACACGUUCGGAUCUUUCCGGUGUCGACCCAUAGUGCAGUGCGGCACAGGAUUCAUCCAGGAUGCGCUGGGGAGCUGCAUCGAUAUAAAUGAGUGUUUGAGCGUAACCGGACCGUGUCAGUCGGGUCAGAUGUGUCUUAACACGGUGGGCUCGUACACGUGCCAGAGAAACUCUGUUAACUGUGGCCGCGGGUAUCACCUGAACGCUGAAGGGACUCGCUGCGUAGAUAUCAAUGAGUGUGCCGGACCUGAUAACGCCUGUGACGGUCACGGCUGUAUUAAUCUGAUGGGAUCGUACCGCUGCGAGUGCAGGUCCGGUUUCGUCUUCAACAGCAUCAGCAGAGCCUGUGAAGACAUUAAUGAAUGCAGGCAUUAUCCUGGCCGUCUGUGUGCUCACAAGUGUGAGAAUGUGCUGGGCUCGUAUCAGUGCAGCUGUACCACUGGAUUCAAACUGGCCAGUGACGGACGCAACUGUGAUGAUCUGAACGAAUGCGAGACCGGUCCGUGCAGUCAAGAGUGUGCGAACGUUUACGGGUCCUAUCAGUGCUACUGUCGCCGUGGUUACCAGCUCAGUGACAUGGAUGGAAUCACCUGUGAAGACAUCGAUGAAUGUGCUUUGCCCACCGGUGGACACAUCUGCUCAUAUCGAUGCCACAACACCCCGGGGAGUUUCCACUGCACGUGUCCCGUGAGCGGGUACACGCUCGCCCCCAACGCCCGCAGCUGCCAGGACGUCGACGAGUGUGUGACAGGUACGCACACCUGUACAGAAGCCGAGAGCUGCUUCAACGUUCAGGGUGGAUUUAGGUGCCUGAACUUUGAGUGUCCGGCCAACUACAGACGUUCAGGAGAAACCAGGUCAAGGGUGGAUCGUGCAGAUAUCAUCCGGUGUUUGAAAUCCUGCCAACCUAAUGACAUCUCCUGCGUCCUGAACCCCAUCCUCUCCAUCUCCCACACGGCCAUCUCGCUUCCCACCUUCAGAGACUUCACCAAACCGGAGGAAAUCGUGUUCCUGAGGUCCCCCACACCUUCACACUUCCCUCACAUGGAAUCCACGGAGAUCGUCUACGACAUUCUCGACGGGAACAUCAACAACUCCUUUGACAUCAUCAAGCGUCUGGAUCACAGCAUGGUCGUGGGUGUGGUCCGGCAGGUGAAGCCACUGGUUGGUUCUUUGAGCACCGUGCUGAAGUUGGCCAUGAACUACGUCAUCAACGGGGUCGUUUCUCACCGGAACAUCAUCAAUGUUCACAUCUUUGUGUCCGAGUUCUGGUUUUAAAGAGGUUCCCUUCAGCCUUCCUGACAUUAAAGGUGUCCAUUUAUGAAUGCAUUACUACAUCUUUGAAAGUUGCAGAAAACCUUGAAUGAAAAGGAAAACCAAAAAUGAACAUUUUGUCAUGAAUGACUCACUCUCUAGUUGUUCCAAACGUGCUUAAAUGUCUUUGUUUGGUUGAACACAGAGAAAGAUAAUUGGAGGAAUGCUUGUAACCAAACACUUCUUGGACCCCACUGACGACCAUAGAAGGAAAAAUGACAAUGGUGGUCAAAAGUGCCCCAGAACUCUUUGCUGUCCUACAUUCUUCAAAAUAUCUUCUUUUGUGUUCAACAGAACAAAAAAUAUAUAAAGUAAUUUCCCCUUCUAUGGUAGUCAACGGGUUCCAACAACUGUUGGUUACAAGCAUUCUUCUAAAUAUCUGUAUUCAUCAGAACAAAGACAUUGAAACAGAUUUGGAACAGCUCGAAAGUGAGUAAAUGAUGACAGAAUUUUCAUUUUUGGGUGAAGUAUCCCUUUAAAGAAUUGUUUAUCCAAAGAUGAAAAUAUCCCUGUGGUUUUUAGCUUGUUUUGUCGGUGUAAUACAAAGAUAUUUUCAAGACUCAAAGUACAACAUAUUUCUAUAAAUUAAACUUAUUGUAAGCAGGGUCUGUCGAGCUUUAAAUGACAAAAAAGCAGUAAGAGUAAGUUAGUAAUAUGACUUCUGAGCUGUGCUUUGUUCGAGGAUCAGGCCAAAAGUAUAUACAAAGUCAUUAAUCACUGAAAAUACCACUUAAAAAGCAUGCGUAUUCAUCCCUUUGAGGAAAACGCUUUAAUAUAAUUACUUGUGUGAUAAUUUACUUCAAAUCAAACGUAUUAACUCGUUUUUACAAGAAGAACAUGACAGUAGGACAGACAGGAACUUUGCAUGCUGGGACAAACGGACGGACGAGCUGUCGCACGUUUAAAUCAGUGAAAUGAGAAAUGUUUUUCGCUGCUCUGAAUGUUUUUUAAUGUAAAUGAAAGCAUGUUUUCCUCUUUAGUGGGACUGACAGCGUUUGUGCGAGAGGUAAGAAACAUGAAUGAUUAUAGAGAUGACGACUCGACACUGAUUGUACGCUUGUGUAGACACGUUCUGCAUUGCUAAAUGUAUUUUAUGUAUCACCAACUGUGUCAUUAAAAGCUGUUUUUAGAUUUCUA